AUGAAUUUGGAUUCGUUCUCUUUUGCUCUAUCACAGAUAAAAUACGCUCUCACUAAUUUGUCUAAGCGAAAUUAUAAAACCAACAUAAACGAAAUUAAUAAUCUUGUCACUGAAUUUGGACCAGAAGCUGAACGACAUUUAAUUCGUUGUCUUUUUUCAUCUAUUGACUUUUCAGGUGAAAAUCGAACUGGAAAAGACACUUUCCAGAUCCAAUUUUUAUCACAAGAGUUUUCCACAUUUAUCUGCAAACCGAAUUUUAUUUCAAACCUUUGUUUUGCUGUUGACAAACCACUACAACAAAAUGUUCGUAUUGCUUCAAAAUUUAUAAUUUUUCAUUUAUUUACACUAUCCAAGACUCUCAAAUUAAGUUUGGUUCAGGACGUUGCUCUUGGAAUUGCUUUGUACCAUUCAACCAGCGAAACUACCAAGAAAUUUGCUUGCCAGUUCCUCAAGCAGAAAUUUCUUCAACUGAUCAACAACCUCAUUGAAUCUGUAGAAGGUGGUCUCGGGGACGCCCCUAUCGAGUUGUUGCACCUUUUUGUAUCCAAGUUACAAGUUGACUCGUUCAGAGAAGCCAUCGGACUGUCUUUUGAACAAAAGGAACUUUUUUUCAAGACUCUCAAACAAGUCAGGCUACCCACAAGACAGUGUUCCUUAAUGGCCGCCAGCCUGGUUGAUACUCUUCAUGAGGUUGGAUAUUCAUUCACACGAAGAACAAUGCAAGAGCAUCUUAACAACAUUUGGCGUGAAGAACUUGACACCGAUGUCAGUGGCCAGAGUUCUUGGCUUCAUGGCCAGGUUGAGACAACAACCACGACACGCCAACGUCAUGGAACGUUGAAAUCUUUGUGCACUGCACCAGAGAAUUGGUCGGCACCAAGUCUGUCUUGGAAGGAGGUUACAAAGGAGUUGGAUCACACGGGCUUCUACAUAAGUAAUAAGCAUGGAUUCGAAAACCUCAUAAAGGCAUUACAUCUUGCUGCUGUCACAGAUAGUAAUGUCUUUCCUAUCGAAUUUCUCUAUGGAAACUGGAAGAAUAAAGAAGGACAGCUAUCUUGGAUAACGUGCUCCCUGAAGCACCCGGAUGUUUUCUGCCUGGCCAAUUAUGCAUUCACACAAGUUGAUACGACGUGCCUCAAGUUGACUCUGGAUGAUAAGAACAGGGAUAUCGUAACUUGGAAGUCUAUGGACCUCAUAAACUUGCUGCUGCAACUGUCUGAGGUUGGCUUCCACCAGCAAGUUCACGAUCUCCUGAAAAAUCCAAUGUCCCACUGUCCUGAUCAACUACUGCUUGGCAUUUUGCAAUCGAGUUGCUGGAACAAUUUGAAGCAAGAAAUGAUUUGCAACUUGAUUCCAAUCUUCCUCAGCAACCACCCGAACUCAGCGCCAAUCAUGCAGUUCACAUGGGAUGUGCAGGGCGGCCAGUCUCCAACUAUUAGGACCAUGGUCCUGAGGUGCAUGGCCGACUGGUACAUGAGGGAUCAGCAUGAUCACGCCAGGUUGGCUCGUAUUCUCGAUGUCUCCCAUGACCUCAAGAUCAUAUUGCACUUACUGAAUGGCUCGCCCUUCCCGUUUGUCAUUGACCUGGCUUGCUUGGCGUCACGCAGGGAGUACUUGAAGUUGGAUAAGUGGAUCAACGACCGCAUUAAAGAGCAUGGGGUUAGGGAACCUUUCGUGGAGGAGUUGGUGAACUUUGUGAGUUACAGAGGAGCACAUCUGCUGGUGAACAAAGAUGAAAACGUGGUAGCUGCAACUCUUGGCAAGAAUCAACAGCUGCCAAUCGAAGUUGUUACCAGCAUCCUCUCCUGCCUCCAGCACGUCAUCAGCAAUCGCCAGUUUUCAAGUGAGGUUCAAGAGUCCAUCAUGAAGCUCUUGCAGAAUAUCAAGUCCAAACAAGUUCUACAUCAGCAGCAGCAACCAACCUGGGCUGACCACGUCUCAAAUUUGUUGAACUUAAACUCUGGCUACCAUCCUAUGAACCCACAUGCCCACUUCAAUCGGGCCCUCCCUCCUGCCGGCUCUCCCGCUAAGGCAUUCGCCAUGAUGCCCGCGUCCAUGGGACCGGUGGCCUCCCUCUCACAGAUGUACAAUGCUGCAAAUCAGGGUAUCAGUUCACAGUUGCAAGGUUUGAACCUGCAUAGUUCCAUUACAAAUGGGUACAGCGGCUUAGGAGCUCAAGCACUCAACACUCAAGCCCUAGCCACUCAGGGAGCAAUCAAUCCUUCCAUGUUGGGCGUGUCAUCCGUCAGUGGGAUGGCAGCUGGAUUCCCGAAAGACAUAGAAGAUGAAGCGAAUCUCUAUUUUCAGCGCAUUUAUAAUAAUUCAGGAUCGAGUUCUGUGAGCAACCCAUUGUCAGUUGAGGAAGCGUUGGAAUUGUUGAAAAACUUUAAAAAUUCAACUAACCCCAGAGAGAAUGACAUAUAUUCUUGCAUGAUGCGCAAUCUUUUUGAAGAGUACCGAUUCUUCGUGCAGUACCCUGAGAAGGAGCUGACGACAACUGCCAUCCUGUUCGGUGGAAUCAUCGAUCAGGGAUUAGUGAGCAGCUACAUGGCUCUUGGAGUUGCACUGCGUUAUGUUCUGGAAGCUGUCAAGAAACAGCAAGGAGGCAAAAUGUAUCUCUUUGGUCUCACAGCUCUUGAUAGAUUCAAAACCAAGUUGAAAGAUUACUCACAAUAUUGUCAGUUUCUCGCAUCAGUGCCACAUUUCAAUGACUUCCCAUCUAAACUUAAAGAGUAUAUAACAUAUGGAGCUCAGUCGAUGGACCCGCCGUACUCCAUCGCUCCCUCCACGACGGUCACGAGUGCCGUCAUCAGCAGCACCACCACCACGUCAGCCAUCUCCAUUGCAGCAGUGUCAAGCACGAUGACGACAACACAGAGUUCAAGUAGUCACGGAGCAAUUUCCAGACCACCGGGGGCUGUUAGGAACUCAAUAGCCAAUGCGACGAACAUUGACACGCUGCUGGCGAACAAGGAGGGCCUAGAUAACAUAUUGGUGCCUGUGGAAUCAUUGCAGGAUAAGGUCUUCUUCAUAUUCAACAACCUUUCACAGGCUAACAUGGAACAGAAGGCACUUGAGAUGAAUGAACAAGUGAGUGAAGAGUACAUGCCUUGGGUGGCCCAGUACCUCGUCAUGAAGCGAGCCAGUGUUGAACCAAACUUCCAUUUACUUUAUGCCAACUUCAUUGAGCAACUCAAGAGAACUUCCUUCCUCAAGAUGGUCGUUGCUGAAACCUAUCGAAACAUUAAAGUAUUGCUGCGUAGCGACAAAGGUGUGGCCAACUUCUCUGAUCGCACCCUCCUAAAAAAUCUCGGUCACUGGCUGGGAAUGUUGAUGUUGGCGAAGAACAAACCUAUACUACAUAUCGACAUUGACUUGAAAUCAUUGAUUUAUGAGGCUUACGUGAAAGGUGCCGACGAGCUCCUUUACGUAAUACCGUUUGUUGCAAAAGUUCUUGAAUCAGCUGUCAAGAGCCGAGUUUUUAAGCCGCCCAACCCUUGGACUAUGGGAAUAAUGAAUUGUCUUAUCAAACUUCAUCACGAGACUGACCUGGAACUCAACCUUGAAGAUUUAGAAUCAGGAAACUAUUUGAAGGAUACCUCACGCAUGGAAACGAUUGAUCACCAACUAUCUCCGUCUUCCAAACACCAUCAGCAGCAGCACCCAAAAGUUCCCGACAUCACUCCACCCCUGCCAGAAGAAAGGUCACAGCAGAUGGGAGUGGUGGCCGGAGGAGUAGGGGGAACGACAGCCUCCUCUGGUUCCAUGGUGGAUGUCCCUCAGAUGCCCCAGUAUGGCUACAACGAGAUCAACGCUCUCACUUUAACCGGAUUGUCCCACCACAUUGUCAUAAAUGAGCCGGCAAUCAGUUUAUUCCAUCUGCAACCACAACUGAAGCAAUAUGUGAGGCCUGCAAUUGAGAGGGCUGUCCAGGAAUUGCUCUCUCCAGCUAUUGAACGUGCCAUCACCAUUGCUCUCAAAACUUCUGAAAUAAUUGUCAAGAAGGACUUUGCACUGGACCCAGAUGAGAACCGACUGCGGACGGCUGCCCACAGUUUUGUGAGGUUCAUGACGGGUGGAAUGGCGCUCAUAACGUGCCACGAACCAAUCCUGAUCAGCAUCUCAAACAACUUGAAGACCAUGCUAUCUGCCGCACUUCGGGUGCCCAGCGCUCAGCAGAAGGAGUUAAUAGACCAUGCCUCGCAGAUCAUCGCUCAGGACAAUGCGGAGUUGGCCACUGUGUUCCUCCAGAAGACCGCCAUCGACCGUGCCAUUCCGGAGAUUGAUAAGAGGCUUGCGUCUGAUUACGAAGCUCGCCGAGUUGCCCGCAGUGAAGGCAGAUGCUACUACGACCAGGCAGCCCUCGUUGCACAGGAACGAAUACCAGAGGAAAUAAGAUUGAAGAUCGGUGGUGCAGGAAGCAGCCAGCCGUCGGUUUAUGAUGAAUUUGCAAGGUCCAUUCCUGGCUUUUUACCGGUAUAUGCAGAACACCCAUCCCAGGUCGUACAGCCUCAGUACAAGUCUGUUCAGCAGCAGCAGCAGCCACUAGCGGCACAAGAUGUUAUUCAGAUGUACGAUAAAUUGGCUCAGGACAUCGAGCAGAACAUCCCGUUUUUUAGCGGCACCAGCAGUCCUUUCAGUACGUUCCUCAGACAGCUUUCAGACUAUAUCAUCCUCUGUAGGUCGUCUGUCAGGGAUAUCAAUUCUGCCAUGGCUUUGUUGCAGAGAGCAGUCGAGAACUUAUUGGAAGGGAUGUUGAUGUUGAACCACGAGUCAGCAGAACUUGCAGCCAGAUUCCGUGAUUGCCACCUCCUUGUACUCAAGUCACUGCAGAACCCGCAAAUCUAUGGGCCACAGUGGACCAACAAGCAAGUUACAAAAUGUCUGAUGGAAUGCCGUGAGGACAUCAGGUACAGCAUUGAGGCAGUGCAAUCACUUCUGCAAGCCCAACUCGUUAUCCUUCCACAAUAUGAUCAGUUCUUGGGACAGCAGGUUGAAUCCAACUCCAACUUUGCUGUCAUCCCGUUCGCCAUGCAACUCGUUCAGAAGUUCUUCUUGGAAGGCCACGACAAACAUGCGGCGAGCAUCUUCAGAGCACAAGAGGGAGAGCUGAGUAGUACGUUGGAGGCCCUGCAGAGAGCUGCCAUGCAAUCAAGAGGACCUGAUACCUUGCCGGCACUGUUGGAGUCGAUCCGUCAGCAGACAGGCGACGUCAGCGUCAUGGAGAGGAUGAACCUCGGAGCAUCGGCCAUGAUGUACUCGGGCAUCAGUCUGCAUGAGAAGACUGAAUACUUGCUAAGAGAAUGGGUGGGAUUGUAUCAUCAGCCAGCUGCCGGCAGGGAUAGUUCAAAAGCAUUCAGCUCCUUUGUCAAUCAUAUGUCAUUGCAUGGUAUCUUGAAAACUGAUGAACUCAUCACAAGAUUCUUCAGACUCUGCACUGAAAUGUGUGUCGACCUCUGCUACAGAGCUCUCAAUGAGCCUAAUCAGAGUUCAACGAGGGUGAGAUUUCAAUGUUUUCAUACGUUGGAUGCCUUCGUGAGGCUGAUCGUGCUCCUACUCAAGCAUUCAGGAGAUUCAACGAACACUGUCACCAAAGUUAAUCUCCUCAAUAAGGCAUAUAUUCGACACAUAGAGUUCCAUCAGCUUCCUUACCAUCGCAUAUUCAUAAUGCUGUUCAUUGAAUUAAACGCUCCUGAAGUUAUCUUUGACGCCAUCAACUUGCAGAUCCUGCAGGCAUUCAGCAACAUUCUUCAUGUCCUGAGACCGUCGAAGGCGCCAGGGUUCGCGUUUGCCUGGCUCGAAAUCAUCUCCCACCGUGUCUUCAUCGGCCGCAUGCUGGCUGUGUCAGAAAAUCAGAAGCAAGCAUGGGGCAUGUACGCACAGCUGAUCGUCGACCUCUUCAAUUUCCUCGCUCCCUUCCUCAGAAAUGCAGACAUGCCGAAGCCAACACAACUGCUCUAUAAGGGUACGAUGAGGGUCCUGUUGGUUCUGCUUCAUGAUUUCCCAGAACUGCUGUGUGACUACCACUACACAUUCUGCGACGUCAUCCCAUCGAACUGCAUACAGAUCAGAAAUUUGAUACUGAGUGCAUUUCCUCGUUCCAUGCGUCUUCCUGACCCUUUCACUCCCAACUUGAAGGUCGAACAUCUUCCAGACAUCAACACCCCACCGAGAGUUAUGACCAAUUUUGCUGCUCUCAUACAACCAGUGCAACUCAGGAAGGACUUGGACUCCUACCUGAAGACGAGGUCGCCUGUUACUUUCCUGUCGGAUCUCAGGAGCAGAUUGCAGCUGUCGAACACGCCUGGCAUGAAGUACAACAUCCCCCUCUUGAACAGCGUCGUCCUACACGUGGGCAGCCAGGCCAUCGCCCACAUACAGAGCAAGUGCCAGACGCCGAGCACCAGCGCCAUCGCCCACUCCUCUCAUAUGGACAUCUUCCAGAAUCUCGCCGUCGACCUCGACACUGAAGGUCGCUACUUGUUCCUGAAUGCAAUGGUGAACCAGUUGCGCUAUCCAAAUAGCCACACGCACUACUUCAGUUGCACGCUGCUCUACUUAUUCGCGGAGGCCAACACGGAGGCCAUCCAGGAGCAGAUUACGAGAGUGCUACUCGAGAGGUUGAUCGUCAACAGACCACACCCCUGGGGACUCCUUGUGACCUUCAUCGAACUCAUCAAGAGUCCUCUCUACAAGUUCUGGACCCACGACUUUGUUCACUGUGCUCCAGAAAUCGAGAAGUUGCUGGAGUCAGUUGCAAGAUCUUGCAUUCAACCAAAACAGGCUCAGGCUAAAGAUUUGGAAAGCAUUGAUGCCAGAUAA